AUGAGUUACAUUACGAGAAGAGCUUUGUCGACUCUAAUCCCUCCCAAGGCGAGUUGCCACUCUCCAGCCUGCCAACAGAAGAGAGCAAAUGCUAAUUGUCAAAUUGCAGGUGGCCUCUCCUGCCGUGAGCUCAUCCCAUCCUCCCUCCCGAAGGCCCGCUCAAUUGAGUCCCCCGUCGAACCACGAACGGAAAAGAACCAGAUCGGGCUGGGUGCCGCUCAGGAUGCCGCACGCAUGCAACGAGUAGUCAGCUUCUACGAGAAGCUCCCUCGUGGUGCUGCUCCGGAAGUCCAGCCUAAGGGUCUCCUCGGCCGAUACCAAGCCAAGCAUUUCGGAAAGAACCCAACUGGCCGUCCUAUCAUUCAUGCCCUUGUCUUCUUGGUUGGCGUCGGAUACGCCCAGAACUACUACUUCCAUCUCAGACACCACAAGAACAACGCUCAUUAG